GCCAGCUGCCCCCGCUUCCGCCCCCACGCGGGGCCGCCCGCCGCCCGCCGCCGCCCCCCGCCGCCCCCCGGCCAUGCCCGCGCCCCGCCGGCUCUGAGCGCGGCCGGGCGAUGGAGGCGGCGGCGCUGGCGCGGGAGGGCGGCGGCCAGGGCCCCCCGCCCCACGAGCCCAUCAGCUUCGGCAUCGACCAGAUCCUCGGCGGCCCCCACGAGCCCGCGGGCGGCGGCGCGGGGCCGGCCCGGGCGGCGGGGGAGCCCGACUACGGGGGACUCUACGGCGGCGGCUACGGCCCCGCCUGCUCGCUCGGCUCCUACAACCUCAACAUGAGCAUGAACGUGAGCGUCAACGUGACCCCCGCGCCCGCCGCGCCGCCCGCCGGGGUCAUCCGCGUCCCGGCGCACCGGCCCGCGCCCGCCGCGCCGCCCGCCGCGCCGCCCGCCGCGCCGCCGCCGGUGCCCGGGCUCUCGGGGCUCACCUUCCCUUGGAUGGAGACGACGCGCCGCAUCGCCAAGGACCGGCUCUCAGCUGCGCUGUCGCCCUUUGCGGCGACUCGGCGGAUUGGGCACCCCUACCAGAACCGCACGCCGCCCAAGCGGAAGAAGCCACGCACCUCCUUCAGCCGGGUGCAGAUCUGUGAGCUGGAGAAGCGCUUCCACCGCCAGAAGUACCUGGCCUCAGCCGAGCGCGCCACUCUGGCCAAAGCCCUCAAGAUGACGGACGCCCAGGUCAAGACUUGGUUCCAGAACCGUCGCACCAAGUGGAGGAGGCAGACGGCGGAGGAGCGCGAGGCAGAGCGCCAGCAGGCCAACCGCCUGAUGCUGCACCUGCAGCAAGAGGCCUUCCAGAAGAGCCUGAGCCAGCCGCUGCCCCAGGACCCGCUCUGCAUGCACAACUCCUCCCUCUACGCCCUGCAGAACCUGCAGCCCUGGGCUGAGGACAACAAGGUGACGUCCGUCUCAGGGGUGGCCUCUGUGGUGUGAAGUCCCCUGGGAGCCAUGGAUGUGCCGGGAGGUGGUGGUGGGAGCCCGGCAGGGUCUGAGCCCAGCACCUCCAGCCCGUGGCAGGGAGGGGGCUGCUGCUUCCCAGGAGCCCCCACCACUGGCAGCCCCUUCCCCGCCACCGGCCAGCCCUCUCGGGGCCCCCCUCAGCCACCCCACAGCUCCAGGUGGGCGGAUGUGCCCCUGCGGUUGGACUCAAAGCUCUGCUGACCCCUGCCUGGACACCUGCCUGGGGUACCGCUGCAGGCAGCCGCUUGCCCGGACCCCCUGGGAGCUCAGGGCUGGGCCCCUGCACCCCCCGGGCCUCUGCAAGUCCAGCCCCUCCUCCCCAGAGCCCCCUGCUCUGGGGGCAGCUCCUUGGUUGGUCCCUGCUCAGGACCUGCUGCCCAUCCACCAGCAGCUCUCCCAGCCGGCCCAGGCCCCACUCCUCGGGGCAGCCACAGCCCCCAUCCCACCCAGCAUGGGCUGAGCGGGGUGUGGGAUGGACCCCCCCAUUUCCAGUGCUGGGAGGCCCCCUGCCCUCGCUGGUGGCCGAUGUGGGGUCUGCACCACCUGCACACACUUGCCUUAUCCUGGUUGGAGUUUGUCAGCUCUGGCUUCGAGCUGUGGCUCCCGGGCUGGACCAGGACCCUGGCACCCCCACCCCCCCGGUGGUGGCACAGAUUGAGGACUGGGCUCGCCAGCCCGGUGGGCCAGGCUCCUGGGUGCUGCCGAACCCCUGCAGCCCUGGGCCUGGACGUGCCCCUGCAGCUGCCUGCAAUGGACUUGGGGUGCCCCUGCAUGCCAAAGGAUUGCACUGGCCCCCCCUGAGUGGGGCUGCCCUCGUGCCUGCCCCCCCCUGCCCCCCCCUCCCCCCCCAGCUGUGGUUCCUGGGACCCCCUUCACCUCACCCUGUGCUGCCUGGAGUCUGACUGAACCUUGGUCCAGCAUCACCCACAGCCCACCCAUGGGGAGGCAGAGGGGUAUGCUGGGGGCUGAACCCCCCCUCCUGCAGCAAAUGCCUGCCCGCCCCUCACCGGUGAGACUCUGAGUGUCCCCAGCCUUGGUUGGGGACCCCGUUCCCUGCCCCACUCCCCCACCGGGGACCGAUGCCCUCAGCCCCACUCCAGCCUCAGUUGGGAUGGGACAUCCCCCCCCCCCAGCUCUGCCCUGCUGUGCCCGGUCAUCGGGACCCCCACCUGGGCCAGCUCCGGCUGGGGUCCCUGGCUGAUGAUGGAGGCGAGGGGGGCAAUAGCGACGAUCCUGACCCUAAACUUGACCUUGACCCUCAACCCGCCGCUGUCCAUGGUGCUGCAGACGCUGCUCGGGGAGCGGCAGGAGCGUGCCCCGCGCCCGCAGGGCCCCCUGGGGCGCGGGCGGCGGGCAGGCUCCUGCCGACCUCUCCCGUUGCUCCCGGGAGGAGGCGGGCAACCGGUGCCGGUUCCCCGGCGGCGGGAUUGGCUGCAGUUCCGUGACGCGGCCCCGUUUUACCGGGGAGUGGGCGGGUGUGUGUGGUGUUGGAACCGCCGCGCAGAGCCGCCGGGAUGAGCGCGGCCGAGGGCUGUCCCCGGUACCGGUGGGGCGGCGGCGAGGCGGUGCUGCGUGCCCGUGCCGAGGCUGCCGGGUACCGGAGGCUGCUGCGCGCCCGCGCCGCCGAGGUGGAGGCGCUGCGCGGGGCCGUGGGCGCGUUGCACCGGCAGCUGGAGGGGCUGCGGGACCGGCGCAGCGGGGAGCUGGCCAAGUACCAGGAGCGGGUGGCUGAGCUGGAGCGGGAGAUCGGCGAGGCGGAGGCGGAGAUGGCCCGGUGCCUGCGGGAGUACCCGGCGCUGCUGCGGCUGCGGAUGGCGCUGGAGGCGGAGAUCGCCGCGUACCGAGAGAUGCUGGAGGGCGAAGAGCUGCGCCUGGGCUGCCUGGCCCCGCCGUGACGGGACCCCCGACCCCGCCGCGGGACCCCGCGCUGCCGGGACCCGCACGACCCUGCGCGGGCCCCCAGAUCCCGGAGUUCUGCACCUUGGGGUCCCCUGAGCCCCCGCUCGCCUGCGCCCCGGGACCUCCGCCCCAGACACCCAGGCCAUGGGAUCCCCGGACGCUCUGGACCUCUCUGGACUCCCGGAGCCCUGGUCCUUCUGUCCCCCUGUGCCAUGGCCCCCCCCCCCGGGCUCCUGGGACUCCCGGCUCCCCAGGCCCCGGCCCCAGGAGGCCCCAGCCCCCCAGGAGGGCAGCGCCCAUGGGGCCGCACACUCACCAGCCUCUCCGGAGCAGCAGCAGGGUUGGGGUCCCAGCCCCAGCUCAGUGGAAGCACCUCAAUAAAGCCC